CAGCAGCAGCUCCCACAACUCCUGAGAUAUUAGCUUUCAUUCACUGCCUCAGAAACCUUGGACCUGUACAGGACUCUAUCUUGAUCUGAAAACAGGAUUUUUUUUUUAAAGAGCUUUUCCACUGCAGCAUGGAGGCAUACACUGGGGAAUAUGGUGAGGGCUAUGACUACUAUGAAGACAAUGAGACUAUCUGUGAUUAUUCAGAGUGGGAGCCUUCUUACUCUCUCAUCCCGGUCCUCUACAUGCUCAUCUUCAUCCUGGGCCUGUCAGGGAACGGCGUGGUUAUCUUCACCGUCUGGAGAUCCAAAUCAAAACGUCGGGCUGCAGAUGUCUACAUUGGAAACCUGGCCCUUGCUGACCUGACCUUUGUCAUAACGCUACCCCUAUGGGCUGUGUACACAGCGCUGGGCUACCACUGGCCCUUUGGCGUGGCUUUGUGCAAGGUCAGCAGCUAUGUUGUCCUGGUCAACAUGUACGCCAGUGUUUUUUGUCUCACCUGCCUCAGCUUUGACCGCUACCUGGCCAUUGUCCAUUCUCUGUCCAGCAACAGGCUGCGUUCCCGGGGUACCAUGCUGGCAUCCCUGGGCGCAAUAUGGCUCCUGUCCGGCCUGCUGGCUGCACCCACACUGCUAUUCCGCACCACUGUGACCGACCACAACAACCGGACCACCUGUGCCAUGGACUUCAGCGUGGUGACCUUAAACCAGAGGCAUGAGUCCUAUUGGAUCGCUGGGCUCAGCCUUUCCUCCUCUGCCUUGGGGUUUCUCCUACCUUUCUUGGCCAUGACGAUAUUCUACUGCUUCAUCGGCUGCACCGUCACACGCCACUUCAACAACCUGCGCAAGGAGGACCAGAAGAAGAGGAGGCUGCUGAAGAUCAUCACCACACUGGUGGUAGUGUUUGCGAUUUGCUGGACACCUUUCCAUGUCCUGAAGAGCAUGGAUGCUCUCUCCUACCUGAACUUGGCUCCGAACUCCUGCGGCUUCCUGAGCUUCCUGCUGCUGGCUCACCCCUAUGCCACCUGCUUGGCCUACAUCAACAGUUGCCUCAACCCGUUCUUGUAUGCUUUCUUUGACCUGCGCUUUCGUUCUCAGUGUCUGUGCCUGUUAAACCUGAAGAAGGCUAUGCAUGGCCAGAUGAGCUCCAUGUCGUCUACGCUGAGUGCCCAGACUCAGAAGUCAGAGAUUCAGUCUCUGGCCACUAAGGUGUAGAGAGGUAAAGCAAAAGAAAGGAGAGGCCGCAGGACGGUCCCAGCUCCCACCACUGGAACACUUAUAAAAAUACAGACUUUACGUGUCCAUUGUUCAACGCUGGUGAGAUGAGAAGAUUAACUUUGAAUUGUCACUGCUCACAGUCAUGAAAUCCAUUAUAUGUCCCUCUGAUUCUAUAGUAAAAGAGGUUGAUGCUCUGUAUCUUGUGUGGACUUUGUGCUGGAGCCAGCUGGCUGAGCUCCUUAGCUGCCUUGUUCCUCAAAUUCUCAGAGAAAAGAAAUGUCUAUUUUUUUGUUUUGUUCUGCUCUGCAAAGUUUCUAAUUUGUAUUAUGAAAGAGGGCAGGAUCAUGACUUGAACCACACACACUGAGAAUUGUAAUUGAUUCACAUGGAAAUCUAUUUACACUGGAUGAAACAUAAAUUUGUACAGUAUUUUCAUACCAUAGCAUUUUCUUUUCCAGAUCUAUUGCUGUUUUGUUUGUAGAAGCACUUGUUAAUAAAAAAUGUGAGAGCAGGGAAUUCAAACAGAGCAGUGUCCUCUCUUGAAAGCUUGUUUUUAGUGAAGGUCUGGGCUGCAGGAGGGAGGAGGGGGGGGUGGCGUAAGAGGAGAAAAGGUGUUGCAGCUUAAUUAUAUAGUUUGUGGAGAGGAGCUGGGGGCAGACAGGCAGAUGGCAGUUGACAAAUGUUGUUGGGGAACAGGAAUGGGGUGGGGUGGGCGGUGUUGUGGGGUGGAGGGGUUUUGAAGUGUAGCCACGGCACUAAAGGGGACAAAGGAACUUCAUAAAUGUUCCACUUUGAUGUAUAUGUUUUAUUUUUG